AUGUUUAGACACGAAACUAACUUGGAACCACGCGGGCAGACUCAGCUUUCCGGAGGCAGCAAUACGAUUGAAACUAUUCGCAACGAUAUAGCCGACGUCUUUGGUCGAUUAGCAAUUGUCAAAAUUGAGAUCCAGAAUGUGACUAGGCAGGGUUCAAAAAGAGCUACAGAGAGCCAGAAAACAGGGCGAUUCCUGCGUCGGUAG